AUGAGAGGCGAGCGGAUCCAUGCGCAAGCUUUUAUUCGUAGAACGAGACAGAGACAAAGUGAAAACAGGCAGGGUCAAAACAACAGCAAACAGGUCCGAGGCUCUAGGGGUGGAGGCUUCCUUCAGCGGCUACGUCCUCCUUCGCUCAUGGCACUUCUGGGGGAUUCAACAGCCCAGCAUCCUCGCCCAUCAGCCGUGCGGUACUCGUCCAGGCCACAGUUUCCCUGGUUUAUGGUCAUGUUAAGUGUAUGCCUGGCGAAUAUGCUUCGCUGUGAACAAGGACAAAGUGGACCCACGUAUGAGUCUCUACAGGAAGUCAUUGACAAAAAGUCCUUCAGACCUUCUGUCAACCUCAGCACCCCCACCAUAACCAACAUCUCCUUCACUCUCUACGCUAUUUUGGGAGUGAAUGAAAAAGCACAAAUUCUUACCACAUUCCUCUGGCUCAGGCUGUACUGGUUCCAUGAGUUCCUCAUUUGGGAUUCAGAAGCCUGUGAUGGCAUUACGAAGAUCUCUCUUCCUGUCAAAGAUCUCUGGACUCCCGACAUUAUCGUUUAUGAGUUUGUGGAUGACGACGUAUCUCAGGCCUGUCCUUAUGUGUACGUGAACCACACGGGCCACAUCCGCUAUGACAGGAUGUUGAGGCUGGUUAGCGCUUGUAACCUACAGAUCUUCAGUUUCCCUUUCGACAUACAAAACUGCUCUUUCACCUUUGGCUCCUACAUGCACACCAUAAGGGACGUCCGUGUCAGUCCUGCCCUGUCCUUUAAGGAGAUGACAGGAAAUUCAAAGCGUUACCUGCAGGCCAGUGGAGAGUGGGAGCUGGUGGUUAUCUUGGGCGACGCUGACAUUUUGAAGUUUGGAAUAGAUGAAUGGGACAUCAUCACUUUCUGGGUGGUGAUAAAGCGACGGCCAAUAUUGUACGUGGUGAACCUGAUCAUCCCCAGCUCCUUCCUCAUGAUCAUUGACAUCCUGUCAUUCUACUUGCCGCCACACAGCGUGGAUCGAUCCUCCUUCAAAAUGACCCUCAUUCUGGGCUAUACAGUCUUUCUUCUCAUUAUGAAUGACCUGCUUCCCAGCACUGCCAAUGGAACACCUUUAAUAGGUAUCUAUUUCUCCGUGUGUCUGGCACUCAUGACCAUAAGCCUACUGGAGACGGUCCUCAUUACCUGUGUCCUCCACCAUAAUUCAAUGAAAUACAGGGAGGUGCCGCAUUGGGUCCAGGUGCUAGUGAUGCGCUUCAUUGCUCGACUUAUUUGCUACAGUUUCCCUGAAGACCCUUUAGCCAAACUAGAAGAGAAACAAGAAACCAAUCCAUGGGUCGUCCAGCCCUCAGAAUCAACGUCCAGUCAACAGACAUCCACAAAUGCAUCUGGAACUAUGACACUGGAUGUGCCUGAACUCAGACAGAUCAGUCAGGAUCUUAGAGAGAUGAACACUUAUUUGUCCAUUCUACGAAAAGAAGAUCAUCUACAGAACCAGUGGUGCCAUGUGGGCUACAUCCUGGACUUCCUUCUCUUCCGCGUUUACCUGUUGAUAAUCACAGGAUACGCACUUGUAAUCAUAUGCAUGUGGUGCAUUUGGAUGAACCAGUAG